AUGUCUGCCAACUCUAGAGCCAAGACGAACGACGAUGUAGAUGGCUUAUUCAAGGUUCUAGCGCACAAGGAGACUGACAGAAUUUUAGGUGUCCAUUUGAUGGGCCCGCAGUCAGGCGAGCUUAUCAAUGAAGCUGUGCUGGCAAUGGAGUAUGGUGCCUCGGCUGAGGAUGUGGCUCGUGUUUGUCAUGCUCAUCCAGUGAGUCUAACGGUGUCCGAGGCUCUUAGGGAAGCCAGCCUAUCCGCAUUCUGUGGCAAAGCAAUCAAUUUCUGCUAG